AUGAGUUCUCCGGAAUUUUCUAAUAAAAUUGUGAUACCGCCAGCGAUUCGUGUUUCUCCGCUUUUGCGACUUAUGCGUUACUCACUUCUUGGAUUAGGUGCUGUUUGGGGUUGUCUCCGUUAUCGGAUGAUUUGUGAAAAGCAUGCAAUUGUACGUCAGAAGGAACAUGACCAAAAAGUUGCAGAGGCUGCGCGUGAACGAGAAAUUCGUAAGAAAGAAGGCGAAAGAAGCUUAUAUGACAUAUAUCUGAACAUUUUGGAAACUGAUAUUGACGAAGGUGGCUCUCUUUUCGGCAGCGUGCGGGAAUAA